ACGGCCCCAGCUGGUAGCCAUUUCAUUUUCUUCAAGGUCGUGACAUGUGCAAGCCUUGACGUUCGGCUACCAUAUUCUCCCCCUUCCCGUUUCUCAUCUCAGUCUUCUCUAUGCCACCAAACCCCGGCCACAAGAAAGCUAUAUACUCCCCGGCCCUGUGCAAAGUGAGAUCGCGCGUACGUAACUAGCAAGGGAUAUAUCGAUUAUAUGGGGCUGCGGACCUGCAGCGCCAUGGAAGGUGAGGUUGUUGCCGCCUCGCCCUUUAUUGAGUGGCUCAAGCCGCCGCCGCCGUCGUCUUCUUCCUCGUCGCCGUCGUCCUCGACUUUCUCGUCGUCGUCGUCGUCAUCGGCGGCGUCCAGGCAUCAAAAUCGUGCUUCUGGGGAAGCCAGAGGAGGAGCCGAAGAAGAUGGCGGCAGCAGCAGCGGCAUGGCAUGUUUGCCGCUCCUCCGCAUGCUCGAGGAGGGGAGGGCUUGUGAUCAUCGCGAACCCCCUCUCAAAGAAGAGAUCAUGAGCAGUGCAGGUGCAUCCGGAUCGGUACUGGGGCCCGGCGUGGAUUUGAACAUCGGCUUGCCGGUCGGCGAAUCUUGUGCUGAUUACACCAUGGAAUUGGGCGAAGAGGAAGAAGAAGAGGACGAGGAGGAGUGGAAUCCUACUGCGCAUGGCGGUUGCAAGGUGGAAGGAGAGGAGAAAGAGGAGCAAGGUGAGGCGGUGGAAGGAUCAGAUCGCAAUAUCAGCAUGGGGGAGUUGGUCGGCGUGACCGCGGCGGAGAGCGGCGUGGCGAUGAGCUGCCGGUAUUGGAUCCCGACGCCGGCGCAGAUCCUCGUCGGCCCGGUGCAGUUUGUCUGCCACGUCUGUAACAAGAAAUUCAACAGAUACAAUAACAUGCAGAUGCACAUGUGGGGCCACGGGCGGGAGUACCGCAAGGGGCCGGAGUCCCUGAAGGGCACGGCGCAGUCGGCGACGCUGGCGCUGCUGAAGCUGCCGUGCUACUGCUGCGCGGCCGGGUGCAAGAGCAACGUGGCGCACCCGCGGGCGCGGCCGCUCAAGGACUUCCGAACCCUGCAGACGCACUACAAGCGCAAGCACGGGGCAAAGCCCUUCCGCUGCCGCCGAUGCGCCAAGCCCUUCGCCGUCAAGGGCGACUGGCGCACGCACGAGAAGAACUGCGGCAAGCGCUGGUUCUGCGCCUGCGGGUCAGACUUCAAACACAAGCGCUCCCUCAACGACCAUGUCCGGUCCUUCGGCGCGCACCAUUUCCCCGUCGUCGUCGAGGCUGCCUCCGCAGCCGCCCCCAAGGCCGAGGACCACAUCAUACGCUUCCAGCGGUGAGAUCUCAGAUCAUGCAUUCAUGCUAGCUGCACUGCCUGGUCCGUACUACUGUCAUGCAACCGGGCGAUCGAUGCAAGAGGGUCUAAUUAAGCUAGCUAGUAGUACAAUGCAAGUAGAUGUUUGUUUGGAUAUAUCAGUAUCUGAAGAAUGCUGAUAUGUGCAUGCAUGCAUGCAUGGGUAUUCAGGAGUAGCCAAGCAAAACUAAUAGCACAAUAAGUUGGCUCUCGAUCGGCUGCUAAAAGCUGUGAAGUAGCUGAAUUUUCUUCCGCCGGAAUGGGAGCUGCAGGCAGUACUAGCUGUUAGGCUGCCGAUGUAGCUUCGAAAUGGAGAAAAUUUCUCAGCUUCACAGGCUAACUAAAAUUGGUAAUUUGGGAGAUAUAGCAUUUCAUGUAUGAGAUAAAGCAAUUAAUGAAGGGCUAGAUUACUUGUUGCAAUUUGGUAAGUAA